AUGGUGCAUGCCCUCUUUGGUGGCACGAAUACUAACGUUUGCAACCAUCAUUGUAAUCGAAUUCGAUUGAGUAGUAUCCACGACGACUAUGCGUGUAACUUCGAAGCUCUAGACCAAACAGUCAUCUGUAAUAAUGUUACUUCUGUAAGGCAAGGACCUUGGAUGGAUGAGCUAUGUACAUUGGGAAUAGAAAUUUCAGAUAAAAAAGAUGGCCUCGUUGAUAUUUUAAUUGGAGCUGAUUUUGCUGGAAAGUUACUCACUGGAAAACGUCAUGAACUUGAAUGUGGACUUGUGGCAUUGCAUACGCUAUUGGGAUGGACAAUCAUGGGCAAAGUUACUUCGAAUGAGCAAUCUAUAAAUUCCUCAAUGCUGGUUGUUACUUCCAUGUUGAGUAGAGACUUGGGCCCUGCCGACUUAUGGAGUCUUGAUGUCCUUGGAAUCACCGAUCCAUCACAAAAGAAAUCAGAAAAAGACACGGAGAAAGCUGUAAUGGAACAUUUCUUGGAAACUGCUCUGAGAAAGGAAGAUGGAAGAUAUGAGGUGCACAUGCCGUGGAUUGAAGGCCAUCCUCCAUUACCCCACAAUUUUUCAAUGGCACAGAGAUCACUCGAACAUUUGAUGAAAAAAUUGAACAAUGAUAGAUAUCUCCAGGAAUAUUCUCAAGUUUUCAAAGAAUGGUUGGACGAAGGAAUUAUUGAAGAAGUUCCAGUAUCAGAUCUCCAAAAUCAGGGACACUACCUACCUCAUCGUCACGUAGUCAAGGAAAACAGUACUACAACAAAAAUCAGGCCUGUUUACGAAGCUUCUGCCAAAGAAAAAUCUCAACCAUCAUUAAAUCAGUGCUUGGAAAAAUGUAUCAACCUAAUAGAACUUAUUCCUUCAAUUUUGAUCAAAUUUCGAUUAGGCAAUAUUGGAGUAAGAUGCAUAGAAUACUAUGCAUCUUAG